AUGUCCGGGGUAAAUUGGCACUAUGUAUUGAAGUUCAUCAUCACUGGGGACGCCGCCGUUGGCAAGUCAUCUCUACUGGUCCGCCUGACAGAUCAGCGCUUUCUCGCAAACCCCGAUCCAACGCUGGGCGUUGAGUUCGGAUCUAAGCUCAUAACUAUACCGGAGGAGAACAAGAUCGUGAAGUUACAAUGUUGGGAUACCGCCGGCACCGAAUCCUUCCGCUCAAUAACACGCUCAUAUUACCGCGGAGCCGCAGGCUGUUUAUUGGUGUACGAUGUAACAUCGCGGCAGAGCUUCACAAACGCACGCUCCUGGCUUGCAGACGUGCGGCAACAUGCAGAUCCUCAUCUGACUUGCAUCCUCGUCGGCAACAAGGUGGACCUCGUGUCAGAAGACGCUCCAUCCUCGGCCUCAACAACAGAUAAGAGCGCAAAGCGGACGUCCCGCUCCCAAGUCACCAGGCAGGUCACGACGGAAGAGGCGGAGCAAUGGGCAAAGGAGGAGGGUCUGCUGUUUGUGGAGGCGAGUGCGAAGAGUGGACAGAACGUGCAGGAGGCGUUUGAGGAAGCGUGUAAGGAUAUUCUCAAGAAGGUCCGGGAAGGCGUAUUCGAGGAUGAUAGGAGCCCCGGCGUCAAACUCAGCAAACCUUCCGGCGGUGUGGCGUUGAACCCAGAAGCAGCCAAGAGCUCUCAAUGCUGCGGGACAUGA